AGCCGGAGCCGGAGCCGGAGCGAGCCCGCCCCGGGGGGAGGAGGGCGAGGGCGGCGAGCCAUGACGGGCGGCGGCGCCGCGAAGCGCCGGCGGUGGUAGAGAGAGAGAGAAGAGAAGAGAGAAGAGAGAGAGAGAGAAGAGAAGAGAAGAGGGAGCCCCGAGCGCGGAGCCCGCGGGGCAGCGCCGAGGGGCCGCCAUGGGCAACGCGGGCAGCGUGGACGCGCAGCACACCGAGCUGCGGGCGCACCCCGUGCCCCUCAAGCUGCCCAUGCCCGAGCCCGGCGAGCUGGAGGAGCGCUUCGCCGUGGUCCUGAAUUCCAUGAACCUGCCUCCCGACAAGGCCCGGCUCCUGCGGCAGUACGACAACGAGAAGAAGUGGGAGCUCAUCUGUGACCAGGAAAGAUUCCAAGUGAAGAAUCCUCCACACACAUACAUCCAGAAAUUAAAGGGCUAUCUGGACCCAGCAGUCACCAGGAAGAAGUUCAGAAGGCGAGUCCAAGAGUCGACUCAAGUGCUGCGAGAACUGGAAAUUUCUUUAAGGACAAACCACAUUGGGUGGGUCAGGGAGUUCCUGAAUGAGGAGAACAAGGGCCUGGAUGUUCUGGUGGAGUACCUGUCCUUUGCACAAUAUGCAGUCACGUUUGACUUUGAGAGCCUGGAGAACAGCGUGGAGAACUCCAUGGACAAGUCCAAGCCCUGGAGCCGCUCCAUCGAGGACCUGCACAGGGGCACCAACCUGCCCUCCCCGGUUGGGAACAGCGUCUCCCGCUCGGGCCGACACUCCACGCUCCGGUACAACACCUUGCCAAGCCGAAGAACACUAAAAAACUCCAGAUUAGUGAGUAAAAAGGACGAUGUUCACGUCUGCAUCAUGUGCUUGAGGGCCAUAAUGAACUACCAGUAUGGAUUCAACAUGGUCAUGUCCCACCCCCACGCCGUCAACGAGAUCGCCCUGAGUCUGAACAACAAGAACCCCAGGACAAAGGCCCUCGUCUUGGAACUCUUGGCAGCCGUUUGCCUCGUCCGAGGGGGACACGAGAUCAUCCUGUCGGCCUUUGAUAACUUCAAGGAGGUGUGUGGGGAGAAGCAGCGCUUCGAGAAGCUCAUGGAGCACUUCAGAAACGAGGACAACAACAUAGACUUCAUGGUGGCCUGCAUGCAGUUCAUCAACAUCGUGGUACACUCCGUGGAGGACAUGAACUUCCGAGUGCACCUGCAGUACGAGUUCACCAAGCUGGGCCUGGACGAGUACUUGGAUAAGCUGAAGCACACGGAGAGUGACAAGCUCCAGGUGCAGAUCCAGGCCUACCUGGACAACGUGUUCGACGUGGGAGCUUUGCUGGAAGACGCCGAAACCAAGAACGCGGCCCUGGAGAGGGUGGAGGAACUGGAAGAGAACAUUUCUCACUUAUCUGAAAAACUCCAGGAUACGGAGAACGAGGCCAUGGCCAAGAUUGUGGAACUGGAAAAGCAACUUAUGCAAAGGAACAAAGAACUGGAUGUGAUCCGGGAGAUCUACAAAGAUGCCAAUACCCAAGUUCACACCUUGAGGAAGAUGGUGAAGGAGAAGGAAGAAGCCAUCCAGCGCCAGUCCACACUGGAGAAGAAGAUCCACGAGCUGGAGAAGCAGGGAACCAUCAAGAUCCAGAAGAAAGGGGAUGGGGACAUCUCCAUCCUUCCCGUGGCUCUGGCCUCUGGGAUGGUGCCAGCAGGGUCAGAGGUGUCAGGGACACCUGGCACACCUGGAGCUGCAUCCUCAGUGCCAUUGCCACCACCUCCACCACCCCUACCUGCCAUGGCAGGGACUCCUGAGGCAGUGCCCAAUGGCCCCGUGUCGGUGCCGAUGCCGCCUCCCCCGCCGCCCCCCCCGCCACCCCCACCGCCUCCUCCUCCUCCUCCUCUGCCAGGACCGGCUCUGGACACGGCUCCAGCAGCCCCACUGCCCCCACCACCCCCUCCCUCAGCUCCCCCCCUGCCCGGGACGGCCUCUCCCACCGUGGUCUUCAACUCAGGCCUUGCAGAUGGGCCCAUCAAGCUCUUCUCUGUGAAGAUCAAGAAGCCCAUCAAGACCAAGUUCCGCAUGCCCGUGUUCAACUGGGUGGCCCUGAAGCCCAACCAGAUCAACGGCACCGUCUUCAACGAGAUCGACGACGAGAGGAUCCUCGAGGAUCUAAACGUGGAUGAAUUUGAAGAAAUCUUCAAGACAAAGGCCCAGGGCCCAGCCAUUGAUCUGACCUCCAGCAAGCAGAAGAUCACCCAGAAAGGCUCCAACAAGGUCACGUUGCUGGAUGCCAACAGGGCCAAGAAUCUGGCCAUAACUCUCCGGAAAGCCGGGAAGACGGCGGACGAGAUCUGCAAGGCCAUCCACGUGUUUGACCUGAAGACGCUGCCGGUGGAUUUUGUGGAGUGCCUGAUGCGGUUCCUGCCCACGGAGAACGAGGUGAAGGUGCUGCGUCUGUACGAGCGGGAGCGGAAACCCAUCGAGAACCUGUCGGACGAGGACCGGUUCAUGAUGCAGUUCAGCAAGAUCGAGAGGCUCAUGCAGAAAAUGACCAUCAUGGCCUUCAUCGGCAACUUCGCCGAGAGCAUCCAGAUGCUGACCCCGCAACUCCACGCCAUAAUCGCUGCCUCUGUCUCCAUAAAGUCAUCCCAAAAGCUUAAGAAAAUACUGGAGAUAAUCCUGGCUCUUGGGAACUACAUGAACAGCAGCAAACGAGGGGCUGUCUAUGGGUUUAAGCUGCAGAGUUUAGACCUGCUCCUGGAAACCAAGUCGACAGACCGGAAGCAGACGCUGCUGCACUACAUCUCCAACGUGGUCAAGGAGAAGUACCAGCACGUGUCCCUCUUCUACAACGAGCUGCACUACGUGGAGAAGGCAGCAGCAGUGUCCCUGGAGAACGUGCUGUUGGACGUGAAGGAGCUGCAGCGGGGCCUGGAGCUGACGAAGCGCGAGUACACCAUGCACGACCACAACACCAUGCUCAAGGACUUCAUCCAGAACAACGAGGGCAAGCUCAAGAAGCUGCAGGACGACGCCAAAAUAGCCCAGGAUGCCUUUGAUGAUGCUGUGAAGUAUUUUGGGGAGAAUCCCAAGACAACUCCCCCCUCGGUCUUCUUCCCAGUGUUUGUCCGGUUUGUGAAGGCCUACAAGCAAGCAGAAGAAGAGAAUGAGCUGAGGAAAAAGCAGGAACAGGCCUUAAUGGAAAAACUCAUGGAGCAGGAAGCGUUGAUGGAGCAGCAGGACCAAAAGUCCCCCUCCCACAAGACCAAGCGGCAGCAGCAGGAGCUGAUCGCGGAGCUGCGGCGGCGGCAGGUCAAGGACAACCGGCACGUGUACGAGGGCAAGGACGGGGCCAUCGAGGACAUCAUCACAGAUCUUCGGAACCAGCCGUACCGCCGGGCCGACGCGCUGAGGAGGAGCGUCCGCCGCCGCUUCGACGAGCACGGCCUGCGCCCCAACGGCCCCGACGUGGCCAUGUGAGCCCCGGGGGGGCUCCCCGGGGGCCUCGGCCACGGACACUCCGUGCUCGGCGAGCCUCGGGAAUGGCCAAACCCACCCGCCGGGCCCGGGAACGGCUGGGAACCGCCCUGGAGCCACCAAGUGCCUGAGAUGGAAGGACCUGCUCCAGGGACAGCGCCGGGACCUGGGCUGAGGGACCCGGCCUGAGGGGUGUCCUCGGACACGUCCCGCGGCGUCCGGAACCAAAAUGUAAAAUUCCUGCUGGUUUGGGGGUUGGUUUGGCUGCCUGAGGGUGGAGUUCAGCGACUGGUCUCUCUCCACUGGUUGGCAACUGGGAGUACUGGGAUGUGCUCAGCUUUGGAAUGCUCAGCUCUGAACUGAUCCCUGUGCUGGUGCCCAGGGUGUCGGCUGCACUUAUGGCUUGGGGUUUGAUCCCAAAGGAAGACACCGAAGGGCUUUCUGUAGGAAUAACGAUCCCAGCCCUUUUCCCACCCCGGGCACCUCCGGAGCUGGAUGUGGGACCCAACACAUCCAUGAUCCCAGGGAGAGGAACCAAACGAGGUCACCCCCAGGCCAGGGGGGUUUUGGGGGCCAGGACAGGGAGGGGGAGGCCCGGCCGGCGCUCACAGCUCUGGAGUAACAGCUAUUUAUUAAUUAGCACUAAGCCAAUUAACACCUCAGUAAUCAGUAUUAGGCUCUGGGACCACCUCAGUCCAGUUCCUCACUGGGGAGCCAGCCCAGCCCUGCUCUGUGGGAUCACACCCUGGGCCAAUCCCACCCCCAAUUCCCUACUGAGGCUCCUUUGGGCACCAAAGACAAGCCCAGCCUAAAAUCCCGGGCAGGUUUUAGGUUCAAAAUGGCUUUUCCAAGCCUAAAAAGGGACAGGAGCCAUUUUAGGCCCGUCGUGCACCCCCAGCUCCCGGAGCAGCAGGAGGAGGAAUCCAACCCCUUGAUCCUCUCAGCUGGGAAGAACUGGACUGAAGAGAGAGAUUUGUCCUUUCCAAGACCCCUUUUUUGCUUCCAGCUUCUUCCCUGGGCUCGUCACAUCCCCUGUUAAUUGUAAAAUUUCUUGUAUAGUAUUUAACCACGGAAUUUCUUGGCCCUUUCCCGUUGUGCUCCCUCCACUGGUGAAGGUCCCUGGAAUCUUUUCCCCCCUCGGAUAAUGUGUAGUUAUAUGAUAAUCUGUUUUUAAAUGUACAGAUAUUUUGCUACAAAAUUGGUGCAGUUUUUUAUGGUUUUUACACUUCUCUUUUAUCCCCCCCUCCCCCCCCUUUAGCCUCUGGGUAAUAUUGUAAAUAUUGUUUAAAAUGAAAUAAAUGCAUCAAGCCUGUGCUAUACAAUCUGAAUGUUAUUUUAACUUAUAGUUUUUGUUUUUAUAUUUAACUAAACGGACAGUUUGGGGCUCAGAGUUACCACGUUGACCUAUUUACAGGAAUUUUUGACUUUCAAACCUGCCAAUUCCUUGCAUUUUACAGCACUUGAUCCACUAAAGAGAACAUGCCACCCCCUCCUUUGCCUCCCUGGCAGUCUCAAGGAGUUGUUUGAAUCGGAAGAAAUGGGAUAAUUUUAAAUUCAAUGUGAUAGAUUGUUGGGUACAAGCACCAGAUCUCCUCUUCUUUGGCUCAAAGGUAUUUUUUUAACGAAAGACCCAAAAUUCUCCAGGCUGGCAUGUUCUCUUUAAUAUUUUUCUAGUAAUAGAUCUGCUUCUUAGCAAGAUUAGAGUGUUUUCUAAAGCAGUUCACGUUCCUUUCCUGGUCUGUUCCUGCCAUAAAAUCCAAUAAACUAUUUACACUACUACA